GACAGACUGACAACUUUUUACGGUCCAUCUCCACGCGAUUCACUCCGUCGAACGACAAACGUUUCAUCCGGGUGACUAGGGACGACGAAACGAGCGAACCCAACCGGGAUCGCAACUUCCGGAGCCACGACGACAGAGAAGAGUGACAGUUGAUUUAACCAAAAAACGGCCCUUACGUAGUGACGUCUCAGUCUCUACAACGGGCGGGAUAUCCGCAGUAGUAAGCUAACUAAUAACAUGGCGAAGACUUACGAUUACUUGUUUAAACUACUUUUAAUCGGCGACUCGGGCGUCGGAAAGACCUGCGUGCUAUUCCGGUUUUCGGAAGAUGCCUUCAACUCAACGUUUAUCUCCACGAUAGGUAUUGACUUCAAGAUCAGAACAAUAGAAUUAGAUGGAAAGAAGAUCAAGCUACAGAUCUGGGAUACAGCAGGACAAGAGAGGUUCAGGACCAUCACGACAGCCUACUACAGAGGAGCCAUGGGCAUAAUGUUAGUGUAUGACAUCACCAAUGAGAAGUCCUUUGACAACAUCAAGAACUGGAUACGGAAUAUUGAAGAGCAUGCAUCAGCAGAUGUGGAAAGGAUGGUCCUUGGGAACAAAUGUGACGUCAAUGACAAGCGUCAGGUAUCCAAAGAGAAAGGAGAGAAGCUGGCGCUGGAGUACGGCAUCAAGUUCAUGGAGACCAGUGCAAAGGCCAACAUCAACGUCGAGAAUGCCUUCUUAACCCUCGCCAGAGACAUUAAAGCAAAAAUGGACAAGAAGCUGGAGGGCAACAACCCGCAAGGCAGCAAUCAAGGAGUAAAGAUUACAGAACAACCCAAGAAGACCAAUUUCUUCCGCUGCACGCUCCUGUGAGGAGACGGAAGCGUCGGCAUCCACCUUCGCCUUAAUGUGUCCCGCGCUGGACAGAACUGGACAGAGCACACACUGAUCUCUUAUUUUAUUUUUUCAGCCUCUUUUCUUUUUUUUUUUUUUUUUUUCUUCUUUCUGGCUAAAAGAAAAAACAAGUUUAUCGCUUUUUAUCUCGGUUCCCUCGACAACUGUGAAUCUAGCUGCUGUGGCUUCGGUAAGAUGCUAAAUCUAAACACAUUAACGGUUCCAACUCGAUUCCUUAGAUUGUAUUUAGACUUGUGAGACAGAAGAAACUGUCUUAAUAUUCGCAAUAAUGUCUGAUUCCAAGGUUAAUUCGUUUCUUGGGGAGGUUUUGGUUAUUUGAUCAUUAUUUCUCAAAGUGGCCCAAAUUAUACUUCCAGAAAAGGUUUCUACUUCAAUAGGCUUCCUAAUUUUGAAUAUUCUGCCAUCUGUUGAUUGAUGCAGUUUAUGUCUUGAAGGUGUGGAGAUUACAAUCCGAACCUAUUAGGCCACAUUUGUGUACUGAAUUGGUGGCCUGGACUUUUAUUUUAUCCACGUUAAGUAAAUGCAACCUAUAAAUAUUUAUCAUUGAUUAGGAUUCACAAUAUGAAACAAUAGUUCACAAUAUCAACAUCGGGGGUUUACACGUCUUCUGACCACCUUUUCUACUUGUCUCUCUCGCUUAAUUUCAUAUGCUGAAACAUUCCUCUUGUCAAAUCAACACGUGUGUUUGUGUGUGUCCUGGAUUCAGCCUAUUUUAAAGUAUUCACAUGGUUGCAGUAAGACUGGGCUCUUGACCCAAGUGUGCUUGUUUUAAGGGAACACACAUUCCUUUUUUGUAGUCGCUUUCCUCAGCACUUUAGGUGUUCAGAUUUCUAUGAAUAAGAGCCGGAGUGUUUAAUGUGAGGUCUGCGUUUUUAUUUGUUGCACUUCAGCAGGUGAACUAGCCGUACUGACACCUGAAUGCAGUUACACAGCAGAGGCACAGAAGGCCCCGCGGCAAUGAUGAGGUCAUUGUUUUAUGCACCCACACUGCUUCCUGUCGUCAGAUCCACUGGGGGAGCACGUACACACGGGCCUUGGAUUGGGGCUGUGCUGUAGCAGUAUUUAUGGCGUGAAACAAAACACAUAGCACCAAGUGACAAAGUGCCCUUUUAUGUUCUUAUUGAUUAUUAUGCACUUUUUCCUGUUGUUCUGUCUCCAAAAAGAAAAUGUUCAUAACAUUUGUUGACUGCUGGUUGCAGUCUCAGGCAAAGAAUAUUCAUGCACAAAUUUUCCAUGUAUUCCUAAAAAUCUUUGAGCACUGAACGUUGUCUUUUGAGUAAGUGUGAUGGACACAUACAGGAGGCCUUUGAUUUGGAGCUAUUACAACAUUCCUAUCAAUUGACAUUUCCCUUUUUUCCGGCCUCUUGUGCAUUCGCAUCCCUGGUGAUGUUUUUAGGAACCCCCCGAUGCACUCACCCCUCACCCACCGGGUCUCUCUUCUCCCCCCUCUGGUGGGACAGCCCGUGUCUUGUUAUGGUGCAGUAUUAUGGGCUUCUGAACUAUGCAUUGUGCGUAGAAACCCUCAGAAGGCUUUGCACAUUCGACUUGACGAGCUUCAUUUGAGAUUAGAAAUGAGCAAAGGAUUCUUGCGGUUUUUAUUUUCUGUCACUCCAAAUCCUGUUGUACAUGCUGGGUUCAGCCGUUUCGAAGAAUAGAAUAGGAAAUUAAUUGCAAGCUGAAAUUCCCCUUUGAUGUUUUACAGUGAGUGCAGAAUCGUUUCUAGUGGUGUCGUUGAAUUUACUAUUUAACUGUUAACCUGUGGAUGUAACUCAUUGCCUUUAACGUGGCUUGACUUUUGGCACAAUUUCGGUUGAAGUGGCUCGCCCGGGUUACGUCUAUCCAUUCCUUGAUCAAACAGUUGCAAUGUCUACGUUAACAUAUCGUUUGCAUCCCUUAACUAAAUUUGGAUUUCAUUGCUGAUUAUUGAUAGAUUUCAUGGGAAAUAAAUGAAAUAAUUCAGCAAUUGUAAAUAAGAUCUACAAUGAUUGUACUGAAGGUUCAUAAAUCUUAGUGAUCUACACAUUUUGUAGAUGUGUGUUUUGAUGAUUUAUUAAAAGAGAUUCUUAAUUAAA